AUGGGCGGAAAUUUCGAUCUCUGGCAUGAGGUGGGUGAAAGAAAGUACAUAGAGCAACAAACUAAACCAGAUAUUGUGACGUCGACAACGGAAGUCAUUCGAAAAAUUCAACAGAGGAUAGCAGCAGCCCAAAGUCGACAAAAGUGCUAUGCUGACAAACGAAGAAGAUCAUUAGAGUUCCAAGUCGGAGAAAAAGUAUUUCUAUGGAUAACACCAAUGAAAGGUGUUAUGAGAUUUGGAAAAAAAGGAAAGUUGAAUCCAAGUCACGUGCUGCAACAUGAAGUUAUCCAGGUUGACAAAGACCUUACCUAUGAGGAAAAACCUGUCCAAAUCUUGGAUCGAAAGAAUAAGGUCUUAAGAAAUAAAGAAGUACCUUUGGUCAAGGUAUUGUGGAGAAGCCAGACAAUAGAAGAGGCUAUGUGGGAGCGUGAAGAUGAGAUGAAAGCUAAAUAUUCCAAUUUACUCUAG